AUGUUGAGAGUGACUCGCGUGCUAUUUAACCAAGUGAAAAGCGAGGCAUCUGGCCAAGCUGCCAAGAUCGUGUCAUCAUGUCCAGCUGGCACUCCAUUGAACUUACAAAUCAAGAAAUCCGGUAAGGAACCCGUGGCAUUAGAAGACAGCGAAUACCCUGAAUGGCUCUGGACAGUGCUUGAUGCCAACGUCCAAGCUGAAAAACUAGCAGCUGAUCCAAUCAAGCUAAGAAAAAAACAAUUAAGGAUAGCCAACCGUGCCAACAUCAAACAAAAUAACUUCUUAGCAAAGAUUUAA